GAUAAAAUUUAAAAUAAAAUUAAAUCUUUAAAUAAUUAAUGGGACGUAUGUAAGCAAAAGGAAAGGGAAAGGGUAUCUCAGGAUCAGCCCUUCCAUACAAGAGAAAAGCUCCAAAAUGGUUGACUCUUUCAUCAAAGUCAAUAGUUGAUCAAAUAGUGAAUUUAGCAAAGAAAGGUACGAAAAAGAUUAUAAAAAAUAAGGUUUGAAUGGAUCAUAAAUUGGUGUUUACUUGAGAGAUUAAUAAGGAAUUCCAUAAACAAGAUUCUUAACAGGACAAAAAAUCUUAAGAAUUUUGAAAAAGAGAGGUAUUGAUAGGUCAAGAAUAACUUAAAGGUUGUGCUCCAAAGAUUCCAGAGGACUUAUAUGCUUUGAUAAAGAAGGCAGUAUAAAUAAGAAAGCACUUGGAAAAGAAUAGAGGUGACAUAACAAGCAAAUUCAGAUUGAUUUUGGUAGAGAGUAGAAUUCAUCGAUUGAGUAGAUAUUAUAGAAGAACAUAAAAAUUGCCAUCAAAUUGGAAAUAGUAAGCAAUAUUAAUAAAAGUUUAGUGUUUCAAAGACAGCUUCAGCAUUAAUAGGUCAAUGAAGAAUUUAUUACAUUAAGUACAUUAAUAAUUAUAUAAAUAAUAUUAUGC